ACUACUAGCUAUAGCUAAAGGGCAAAGUCAGGCAAGUCUUAUUGGAUUUUUGUGGAGGCAGAAAGAGCCAUUCCUCCUUCCACUUCCUCCACCAAAGUUUUCAUUUUUUUUCAAGGAAAAGAAGUUCUUAGAGAGAGAAAGAGAAGGGCUUUGUGUUGUGGUGAAUGUAUUUUAAGCAUUGUUAGAGAGAGAGAGAGAAAGAAAGCUCUUCUUUUUUUUUUCCCUCUUGCUUGGUCGGUCUUUUGAGCGUGUAAAGUCUCUUUCUUUGGUCGGUUUUUUCACAAGAUGGGAAAUGGGAAAGUGAUGAUGAGAGGUUUUGGUGUGGUUUUGUGUUGUUUGUUAUGGGGUUUGAGUUUGAUUUCACUCCAUUGUGAUGCUCGGAUGAUGAUGUCCGCCACUUCUCGCCAGAAGCUUGAGGUUCAGAAGCAUCUCAAGCGCUUGAACAAGCCUGCCGUUAAAACCAUUAAGAGCCCAGAUGGGGACACAAUAGACUGUAUUCAUAUCUCUCAUCAGCCUGCUUUUGAUCAUCCUUUUCUGAAAGAUCACAAGAUUCAGAUGAGGCCCAGCUACCACCCAGAAGGGCUAUUUGAUGACAGCAAAGUGUCUGAAAAACCAAAGGAAAGGUCAAACCCAAUAACCCAGCUUUGGCACAUGAAUGGAAAAUGUCCAGAAGAUACCAUUCCAGUGAGGAGAACAAAGAAAGAUGAUAUCUUGAGAGCAAGUUCAGUUAAAAGAUAUGGAAAGAAGAAGCACAGAUCCAUCCCCAAACCCAGGUCUGCAGACCCUGAUCUUGUCAAUGAAAGUGGUCAUCAGCAUGCAAUAGCUUAUGUGCAAGGAGACAAGUACUAUGGAGCAAAAGCAACCAUAAAUGUGUGGGAACCAAAGAUACAACAGCCAAAUGAGUUUAGCUUAUCUCAGCUUUGGAUCUUGGGGGGUUCUUUUGGUGAAGAUCUAAACAGCAUUGAAGCUGGUUGGCAGGUCAGCCCAGAUCUAUAUGGUGAUAACAACACAAGACUCUUCACUUACUGGACUAGUGAUGCAUAUCAAGCCACAGGAUGCUACAAUCUUCUCUGCUCAGGCUUUAUUCAAAUAAACAGUGAAAUAGCAAUGGGAGCAAGCAUUUCACCAGUUUCUGGACUUCGUAAUUCCCAAUAUGAUAUCAGUAUUCUUGUUUGGAAGGAUCCAAAAGAAGGGCAUUGGUGGAUGCAAUUUGGGAAUGACUAUGUGUUGGGAUACUGGCCAUCAUUCCUGUUCUCAUACUUGGCAGACAGUGCAACCAUGAUUGAGUGGGGAGGUGAGGUUGUGAACUCAGAGCCUGAUGGUCACCACACCUCAACCCAAAUGGGAAGUGGCCGUUUCCCAGAAGAAGGUUUUGGGAAGGCAAGUUAUUUCAGAAACAUUCAAGUUGUGGAUGAUUCCAACAAUCUCAAGGCACCCAAAGGGAUUGGGACCUUCACUGAGCAAUCCAACUGCUAUGAUGUCCAAACUGGCAGUAAUGGGGAUUGGGGUCAUUACUUUUACUAUGGAGGUCCUGGCAGAAAUUCCAAUUGCGCCUGAGUAAAAUUUGCCAUUUUUACCUUUUACCCCCCUUUUGUAUCAUUCAAACCAACCAAAUCAUCAAUCAACCUAGUGGGAAUUACAUUACCCCUUUCUUUGUAUACCCUUUUCUUCUUCUUUUUUACCCUUAGGCUGGCUUUUAGUAAAAUGUGAUGAUGACCUUUUAUGUAGUGGGAAGUUUUGACUCUUUUUUUUUUUUAGUCUGAAAAAUUCUCCAUGUAAGUGAGAGGUGGGGGGAAAUGGAGAUAUGGCCAAGUUUCUGAAAUAACCUUGAGAAACAGGCCCUUUUAUAUAUAUAUCUCCUUUGUAUUCUAUUUGUUUGUUUACUCCUCGCUCGGAGUGGCUUGUUAAUGAAUGAAUGAACGAGUAUUUGGGUCCA